GAGCGAGAUGGACUGCAAGAGCGUGUUGAACUGCUGCUUUUCGAGUCGAAUGCGGAUCGGAAGCAGAAGGACUUGCUGACGUCUAUGUUCGCACAGGAACGAGAGUCUCUGGUACAGACCACGGCUGCCGAAGUGCGCGCACAGACAGAGCGGGAGAUGAACGAGAUACAUGGUACGGUGUCUGUAUGUGUAUGUACGCAAACACGCUUUGGUCGAUCUCUAUGA